AUGCUUUAUUCUACAUUCUGCCAGGUUCGGCUCAAGUCCUCCUUCCCAUACAAGCCAACCGUCACCGCUCAGAUUACCCCUAACCUUUUAGGCAGCUUAGUAAACGACAAUGCAGUUCCCUCUGACUCCACUCCCACUGGCUUUGGUCCUGGCCUAAGUGUUGCUGCAACCGUUAACAUCGGUGGCAUUGGUGUCAGCGCUCAAGUUGUCACAUACGGCGUUGGUACAGGAAUAGAGCCUUGUGACGGUGUCGCUAGCGGUCGGAAUCUUAGAGACAAUUACAAGUGUAAACAUGAUCUUCUGAAAGACUAUCUGAAGCCUCUGACAUUACUUGGAGUCUACGAACCUGUUACCACGCCUGCUCUUAAUGACAACUCUGGUACCCAGCAGGAGGUGGCGCAACUUCCGGCUGACAACGUUUCUGGCCGACCUUUUGGUCUCAGUUCCGUAUCUUCUGGGAAGAAUGGCCAGAAUGGAGUCCAGACGCAUUAA